AUGGUGCGGAGAGUUGCAGAACACUUACAUCUCAUUAAGGAAAUCCAGAACUUGGAAAUCCUCCUGAAAUUUGGGCAGUGGGUUCGGAAUCAUUAUCUAGUGUUUGCCUCCAUCUUUGUGAAACAAUUUUCUUCUUUUCGCGAUGCUCGGAAACUAAGGCUAUUGAUUGAGGUUAACUCUACUAUGGUUUGCUUCUUUGAUUAUCCUCCAUCUACAGACAAAGGCACUCAAACAUUGCCCAAGGGUUGGAUAGAGACACAUUCACCUUCCACAGAGCUACAAGCCUUUAUCCCAUCAGCAGCCUUUGGAAAGCUAGAAGCCCUAGCUCAUAUCCUCCAUCAUCAUUUCAUCUCUCCGUUUCUUCACUCUGAAGAAUUUGUGGAAGUCAAGUCACUAUACUUACAGGCUAUCAAAUGCUGCGUGCUACACAACCUUCAGGGAUUCCAAGAAGUGUACAAUCAGAUGCAGAAGGUCUUUGGUUCAUAUAUCAAAAGGCAGGCGAGAUUACAGAGUCAGAUCUCCAGAGCCAUUGAUCAAUUCCAUCUUUCAAUGGAAAUUUCGCCUUCCAAUCCCUCCUCCAACCAAGCAGAAAGCCAGCUCAACUGCGGCCGAGGUAGUUGA